UUGCCGGUGUCCCUGUGCCAGUGUCCCACUCCCGCUGUCCCUGUCCCGUUCCCGGUCCCCCCUCCCCUUGCCGGCCCGGGCCAUGGCCCCGGCCGUUCCCCUGUGCCGGGCGGGGCCGCCCCGUCCCCGGCCCUGGGCGGCCCGGCGCGGUCUCGCCCUCGCCCGGCUCCCGGCGCGCCGGCUGUGGCGCUGCUGGGCGCUCCUGUGGGGCUGGCUGUGGGACGGGCUCGGCCUCGCCGCCCCUUGGCUCCGCCUGGCUCGAGCCCGGCGCCUGCCGGGGCCGGCGGGGGCCGCGGGCGCCGCGGCCGCUGCCGCCUCCUCGGCGGCUUCCCCGGCCAGAGCUCCGCCGCUCGCCAGCCCGGCCGCCGGCAGCGAGCCGCCGCUGCCCGCUGCGGCUGGGGAAGCCCGGCCCGGGCCGCUUGAGGGGCGCUCGGGGGCCGUGCCGGGCCCCGGCCCCAACGCUGACGGCCACGUCUCGCCCGCACCGAAGGCCAAGGAGCCGCUGCACGAGCGCUACCGGCUGCAUUCGCUGCUGGGCAGCGGCGGCUUCGGCCGCGUCUACGCGGGGACCUGCCUGGCGGACGGAGCCCCGGUGAGUGCAGCAGGAGGAGGAGGAGGAGGAGGAGGAGGAGGAGGAGGAGGGCGGGACGGGCGGCGAGCUCAACCCGCCCUUCCCCUUGGCUUGCAGGUGGCCAUCAAAGCCGUGUCCCGGGAUGGCAUCCGGCGCUGGGGCGAGCUGCCUGACGGCACCCGGGCCCCCCUGGAGAUCGUGCUGCUGGACAAGGUGUCCAAUGGCUUUCGUGGUGUCAUCCAGCUCCUGGAGUGGUUCGAGCUCCCCAACGGGUUCCUGUUGGUGAUGGAGCAUCCGGAGCCGUCUCAGGACCUCUCUCGCUUACUGAGGGCGUGGGGGUUCCUGCCGGAGGAGAUGGCGUGGGGGCUGUUCCGCCAGGUGCUGCAGGCCGUGCGGCACUGCACCAGCUGCGGCGUCCUGCACCGGGACAUCAAGCCCCAGAACAUCCUCCUCCACCUGGCCACCGGCGAGGCCAAGCUCCUCGACUUUGGAUGUGGCACCUUCCUUAAGGACACGGUCUACACCCAGUUUGCAGGUGAGCCCACAGCCGGGGGAUGCUCCUGGUGCCGGGCAUCGCAUGGCCAUGCCCGGGUGUGGCAGUGGAGAUUGCCCCUUUGGCUGAGGGGGAACAGGAUUAGUUCUUCAGCCAAGUUGCUUUUGGAUGGGGCUGGGGGUUACUGUGAGACAGGCCCCGGCCUUGCCGACAGCCUGUGCCACCCACCCUGUCCCGGGCUGGGUCUGGGGCAGGGGGGAGCCAGCCUGACCAAAACCCCCGUGAGGGUAGCAGAGAAGGGGGUCAGAACUGUGCACCAGCUGGCUUGGUGUGCAGGCGAGGAAGGGCUUGGGCUGCUCCGCUCGCCUUGUUUGCCUUGGCUUAUGAUGAAUUGUUGGGGGCAGUGCAGUGGGGCGGGGAGAAGGCACGGCUUUUCCCCACCACUGGGUGGGUUUUUCCCUUGCAUGAAAUGGUUGGGCCUUGCCAGGGCUUCCGCUGCCCUCUUGGACACCAGCGGCUUCUUCUCCAACCCAGAGUUUGUAACCAAGAGUCAGGGGCCGGCGAGAAGGCAGUGGGUCACAGCGUGUGCCACUGGGGCAGGCCCCACAUUGCCAGGGCUGCUGGGGUGAGGCUCUGGGAGCAGGCAGCAUCCACCUGCUGAACUGCGUCUGUAUUCCGUAGGAACACUGUCAUACAGCCCGCCAGAGUGGAUCUACCUCAAGCGCUACCACGGCGAGGAGGCGACCAUCUGGUCCCUGGGCAUCCUGCUCUACCAGAUGGUCUGCGGGAAGCACCCUUUCCGCAAAGGCCCCAACACCAUCUGGGCCCAGCUCCCGUUCCCAGCACGGGUCUCUCCAGGUGGAUACCAAUCUUUGUGGCACGGGGGGAAUAACGGUGUUGGGAGAGGGCAGCGGGCUCACGAGGAUGCCGCUCUUGAAGCUGUUUGUGUCCCAUGGGUGGCUGGAGGAGGUGGCCUGUGUCCUGCCAUCCUGCUCUCCUCCAAAAGGGAGAAUCGAUGGAGAAGUUUGGGCACAGCUCUGAGCACAGCCAGCACAGCCUGGGCACGUGGACAGUGGGACAGAGGGGACAGGAUCCUUCUCCAACUGACCGGCCAUUUUCCCCCCAGGCUGCCAGCACCUUAUCAGGUGGUGUUUGUCCAUCCGCCCCUCGGACAGGCCAGCACUGGAAGACCUGUUGUGCCAUCCUUGGGUGCAGGACAUUCCCCUGCCCUAGAAGACGGGAGAGAUCCACGUGCUCCCUUUGAUCCAGGGGCCUGGCAGACAGCUGGGCCCUCGGCAGAACGCUGACAGCCUGGUCUGGCCCCCAGGGAAGGAGAAGGGGCCUCUGCAGAAGCUGUGCCGGGUGGGCCUGCUGCUGGAGACAUCGAGGACGACGUCAGGGAUGACAAGCUCUCAGCUGACCUGGACGCCGGCGAGCUGAAGAGGAUGGACUUUGAUUCUGGCCCCUUCCUCCAAGCCGUGCUCCACACGCCGUUUGCAGAUGAGUCCACACCCAGGGGGUGCUCCCGGACACGGGCAUUGCUCAGCCUGGCUGGGCACCGAAGGUUCCCCCUUUGCUGAUGGGGAACCUGAGGAAUUCUUCAGCCGGCUGCCAAGCUGCUUCUUGGCAGGAGGGCGGGCGGGUGCUCUGGGCUGGGUGUGAAAUGGGAGCCCGGCUCUGCCCCCAGCCUCUGCCACUGCCCCUUUGCUGGGCGGGGCUGGGGCAGGGGCAGCCAGCCUGCCAAAAACAAACCCCCGUGGGGGGAGCAAAGGCGGGGCUGCAGAACACCAGCUGCUUUGGGCUGCAGGCCAGGAAAGGCUUGGGCUGCCUUGGCUUAGGAGCCUUUCUUUGGGCCAGUGCAGCAGGGCAGGGAGAAGGCCUGGGUUUUCCUCAGCUGGAGGAGGUGGGGUUUUCCUUUGGCCUGCAGGGCUUGGGCCUUCCUCAGAACCCUGACAGAAGGUUAACAUUUUACCUUUUUUUCUUGUUUCCACUUUUGGUUUGUAAUCUCUGUUCAUGAAUUUGUUGUUUGUUUUCCAGGGAAGAGUUGGAGCUGGUGCCCAGUCCGGGUUGGGAAGGGCUGGGACCAUCCCUGGAGAGGAUCUGACGUCCCCUCUGAGAAGGCUGAGGACAUCCUUUGGGACACGCUCUUCUUGCGGCAGCAGAUCUUGGGAGGUAGAUGCUCAUCUUGCCCAUCUUGUCAGCAGCAGUGGGAUAAUGGCUUUGGGGAGAUGGCAGCAGGCACAUGAACAUCCCGCUCUUGCAGCUGCUGAGGAGGUUGAUCUCCUGGGCUUGGCUGGAGGAGGUGGCACCUGUGUUGAGUAAUUGCUGAAAUCCAAUCGAUCUGGGAUGACCCCAAAUGACAGUUUAGUUUUCAGCUUGCUCGAGCUGUAUCUCAGCAGCUUUUGGGUAUCAUUUUUGGCCCCCAGACAGGACACCUCUGCCUGAUCUCCCGCGGAUCCGAGGGAUCUCUGGAUCUUCACGCCAGCACCAGGACUUUGCUGCAGAAGAGCACAGAUCCCCAGCCCAGUCUGGGACACAGAACCUGUGAAAGGGCAGAAAGAUUGUGGUGUGAAUGCAGCGCCCUCAGAGCCCUUGGUGUGAGCCCGGAAAGGAAAAUCCAGCUGAGGGACAAGAUCAGUCUAAUUUGGGGACAUUGUUGGAGGUUGGAGUUGCAGUUCUGGAAGAAAUCCCUGAGGAAAUGGUGCCCCAGGGAGAGGAAGAGGAUGAGAGCGUGGGCAGCCUGCUUCAAACAUCCCCCCAGGAGACUUGGGAUCAGUCCCUGUGCAUCCUGUAAGAAAGAUGGACACUGGAAAUGGGAUUGUCCGCAACUGAAACUUCAGAACCCUCCGAACCCUCUCGUGGCAUCACUGAAGACGACUGAGGGGGCACCAGAGGAUUCUUCCCCAUCAGAACAUCUGGUUCCAGCCAAGCUAAGCACAAUUGUUUGUGGCUGUGGGAACUUGUUCCUCUGUGUUAAAUCCAGGGAAAUGAAACUCAAGGGACAAUUCUAGAACAAUUGUCUGGUGUGCCAGGGAAUUGGGAAACUGGGCCAUUUUUAAUGCUGUGGCUUUGAAAUUGGGAAAACAGUGGUUGGCUCCCCAGUUUUUGUAUUUCCCCAAUUCCCCAAAGCCUCUGCUUGGGAGAGAUCUCUUGGCAAAAUGAAAUGCCACAAUCCAAUUGAAAAAUGGUCCAAUAUAGGUUAUUAUUGCAGAGCCUAAUUCUGUGCAAGUUUCUAGUUUUGCAUGAGAGUCUCUCAAAGCAGAAGUAAUCCAUCUGCCACCAUCACUUGGGGAUGCAGUGGUUCCAACAGGAUGGGCUGGAGAGGUGCCUCCAUGAUCCAAGAGAGCAGAACCCGUGAGAAUUCCAGAGAAACCUGGAGUGGGGUUGGUGAGGCCAAAGCAAUGUCCUUUGCAAAUAGAAAGUUGUAAGGGAUUCUCACCCUUUGUAGAACAAUUGAUGAAAUUUUGCUUGUGAAAAGAAGGUGAAUCUAAAUGGAAUGCUCCAGUUUUGCCAGUCAAGCAGGCAAAUGGAAGGCUAUGCCAGUUAGUCCAAGACCUUAGAGCUGUAAAGAACAGAGUAGAAGAUAUACAAGCAGUCAUAGUGAAUCCUUACACUUUGCUAACUCCCCUAAAUGAGGGUUUAAUAUGUUUCACAGCAUUAGGUUUGAAAACUGCCUUUUUGUGUCUCCCUUUGAGUUGGGAAAGUCAAGAGCUUUUUGCUUUCCAAUGGGAAAAUGCAAAGCCGGGGAGGAAAACCCAUCUGACUUUGGUGGUCCUCUUGCAGGGGUUUAAAAAUAGGCCCCAAUAUUUGGAACUCAAUUGGCAAAGGGACUGGAGGAAUGGAGAAGUCCAAACCCACCCUCUUGGAGCCUUAUUGCAGUGUGGGGAUGAUCUUUUGAUGCCACUGAUGCUGAGCAGCAACGUUGGGGUCAGACUGUGGCCCUGUGGAAUUUCCUUGGGCUGAGUGGAUAUGGGGUAUCCCAAACACAAAGUGCAAGUAGUCCAGAGCCCAGGAGCCUCCGUGGGCUUUGGAAUUCUCCAAGGACAAGGGAGGCUGGGCCAGGAAGGAAAGAAGCAACCUGUCAACUGCCCCAGCCCCAGCAAAGGAAGCCCAGAGCGGGAUUGCUUCCAGACUAGAGGAGAAGUGUAUUGGGGCAGAGCUGACUUAGGAGACAGCCCCUUGGAAAGUCCUGGUUGGGAAUUGUUUCCCAGUGGGGGCAACUUUGUCCGGCAUGGAAAACAAUUCUCUGGAUGCACAGAACUCCCCACCACCAGGUCAGAGAUCCUGACAGAGAUCCUUCUCCCAGUAGAAGAAAAUGAGUCUAGUGCUAAGGAUUGUCAACUCCUUGAAACCUUAGAGCAAACUUUGCUCCAGGAGGCUGGGCAGUUCCCCCAAGUGGGCAAAUAAUAGUCCCUGAGCCAAUCUCCUGUGACCUGGUGGAUGGGGAACAUGAGGGGAUUCCUUGGAGUGAAGCAAAUUAUUGAAACAUUUGCACAAGUGGGUUCUUGGUCCAAAACUGACCCCAGUUGUACAAGCAGUGAGUCAGCAGUGUGGUGUGUGGAAGAGAAAUAAUCCAAACCCUGCCACUGGAGUGGGAACAGGUGAUGGAAAAUGCAGAAAUGCUGCAGGUGAAUGUUGGCAGAUGGAUGUGACUGAAUUGCCCAGACAAGGGGGGUGUAAAGAUCUCCUGGUCUUGGGGGAUACCUUCUCUGGGUGGCCAGAGGCUGUUCCUUGUUGCACUAAGCAGGUUGGGAAAGAGACUGCAAUCCUGUUCAGUGCAAUCCUCCCUGUAUUUGGGAUGCCUUUGGGAAUGUCAUCAGACAGAGGUUCCCACUUGACUGCAGAAACAAAAUGCUUCACUCUUGUUUUGCUCUUCUGACAACAGUUCAAACACUGUUGACGUGGGAGGAAAAUUUACAUGUCUUUUUAGUGCCAAAGGUGAUCCAAGUGUUGCCCACAAGUGUCUGUAUUAAGUAAGCAAGACUCUGUAAGGAAUCUGGAAACUGUGUGUGUAAUGUAAAGCCCUGUGUGGCUGUCACUGAAGUGCUGAGGCUGAACAACAGCCCCUGAGCCAAAGCUGAGCUCUAGAUGAACCUUCCAACCUAAUGGGCUGUGUCUCCAUGUAUCUGCUCCUGAGCUAAAACUGGGUCUAUUUGUUGGUACAAAUGUGGUGGGAUGGGACUCCACCUGUGUAUCUGCUCCUGAACCAAACAGGUGUGCUUCUUAGGAAGAUCUGUUAGUCUGGGCUCAUCAGUGAAUCCUGUUUGUAUCUGUUCCUUAACAAAAGAUGUCUGAUUGUGAGCAAAA